CAGUAUCCACAUGGUUGUGCAGCGUUGAGCAGAGAACGAGUUUGCCGACUAGGUAGCUGGUGACACAUAGACAAUAAGAUAAUUUAACGCAAUGAAUGUGUAAUCUGAACAAUAGGAAACAGGCAUAAAAUAAUAUGAUUUUUACAAAUUCACAUGUGUUUUGACUAGUGCUUGUCACUGAUCUCUGCCUUCGUUAUUUGUAUUGGUAGCUAACUUUGCUAGCUGUCUUGCUACACUUUUGUUAUUUAUUUGUACCCCCUGUACAUUUUCACAGUCAGCAAUAUUUGAAGAUGUCACUCUUCGUUAUAAAUAGGUAUUUGGGAGAUGAGAAUGACAACAAUGGAUCUACUAGUGAGUCACGAUCUAAAGCCCUACUGGCUAAGCUGCAGGAGCAGGCUAGAGCGAGGCAACAGCAGAAUUCAUCAAUUGCAGAGGAAGAGAAGCACGAGCUCUCUGCCAAGGGUGGCUCCACCUCAAAGAAGAGGAAAAAACAACAGAAUGACCAGGACGCUGCAGAAAAAGUACAUAAAAAGCAGAGAAAGGAGGUGAACCAGGCAUCCAAUGAACCAGAUUGUGAGGACUUGAGUGCAAAGGCACACACGGCAGAGAGGAGUUUGUCAGGCAAAAAAAAGAAGAAGAAAGACACAAAAACAGAAAAUGAUGAGCCAGAGAGCAGUGACUCGGGUGCAGUGCUGGAGAGUGUACUGGCGGAGGGAAAGUCAAAGCAGCAGAGAGGAGCUGUUGUCGAGGAAAAGGAGGAGUCGGACAGUGAAGAGCGGGAGGAGGAUGACGAGGACGAGAGUGAUGAAGAUGAAAGCACGGAAGAAACAAAGGAACAGACUGAGCAGUCAGCGGAGAACUCUGAAAAGAGUCCCUCACAGUCUGGGUUUACCAUCCUAGGCGGAUUUGAGAAAAAAACAGUGCAGAAGGUCCAGAUGGUUUUGCCCCAGUGGCUCGCUCAGCCGGACAUUGUCCAGAGGGAUAUUAACAAGAACUUGGUGCCCAUCAGGGAUGUCCCUGGAAUCUGCCCCAGGCUACUGAAGAAACUGGAGAGCAAUGGGAUCCAGAACUUCUUUCCAGUGCAAGCAGAGGUCAUACCUGCCAUUCUGGAGAGUGCGAGCCAUGGGCUACUAGUGGGCAGAGGAGGCUACAGACCCAGAGACAUCUGUGUGUCUGCACCCACCGGGAGUGGCAAGACUUUGGCAUUCGUCAUCCCUGUCAUUCAGGCUUUGUCAAAACGGGUGGUGCGUGAAAUCCGGGCUCUGGUAGUACUGCCCACGAAAGAGCUGGCACAGCAGGUGUGUAAGGUUUUCUGCUCCUAUGCCGAAGGCACCAGCUUGAAGGUGGUCAUGGUUGCCGGUCAGAAGUCUUUUGCUGCUGAGCAGACCUCCCUCCUAGAGACUAGUGGUGGCCGGACCCGGAGCUUGGCUGACAUCGUUGUGGCGACCCCAGGAAGGCUGGUCGACCACAUCAAUAAGACUCCAGAUUUUAGUCUUCGGCAUCUUCGCUUCCUUAUAAUUGAUGAGGCAGACCGGAUGAUUGACAGCAUGCACCAGUCAUGGCUGAGUCAGGUGGUGAAGGCAGUGUAUGCACCUGGGUGUGGCUCUGAUGGGACUUCCAUCUUCAGGAGGACAGAGCCUGGACCAAUCACAGCAGCGAGCCUGUUCCAGCCCCAGAUGCCACUACAGAAGCUGCUGUUCUCGGCCACACUGACUCAGAAUCCUGAAAAGCUGCAGCAGCUGGGCCUCCACCAGCCCCGCCUCUUCAGCUCCACCCACAGCCGUCCUACAGCAACAGCCUCUUCCACCACAGACGUCCCCUCCCAACCGCAAGAGAAAUUCAACUUUCCCCAGGGCUUGACGGAAUACUAUGUGCCCUGUACCCUGAGCAAGAAACCCCUCCUCAUCCUCCACUUUAUUCUGCGGCUCAAGUUCAGUCCAGUCCUGUGCUUCACUAACUCCAGGGAGGCAGCCCACCGGCUGUUCUUGCUGGUGCAGCUGUUCGGGGGUGUGCGGGUAGCAGAGUUCUCCUCACGGCUCAGCCCUGGUGAGAGGAAGAAGACCCUAAAGGAGUUUGAACAGGGCAAAAUCCAGCUGUUAAUCAGCACUGAUGCUGCAGCCCGGGGCAUUGACAUCAAGGGUGUGAAAUGUGUUGUGAACUACGACGCGCCUCAGUUUAUCAGGACUUACAUCCACAGGGUGGGCAGGACUGCAAGGGCAGGUAAAGCAGGACUGGCCUUCACUUUCCUUCUGGGAGUACAGGAGAAGAACUUCCUCCAGAUGGUGAGGGAUGCAGGCAGCCCUGGAAUACAGAGGCAGAUCGUCAAACCUGAGAACCUGACGGGGAUGGAGCUCGACUAUCAGCAGACCCUCCUUAAGCUGGAAGAUGUCAUCAAGGAAGAAAGAGCCAAGAAACGCAUCUAA